AUGCCCUUCCGUACAGCCGUGAGCGGUAGUGUUCUUCGUGAAGGUCGAACACGGAACGCUGCUCUUUUAAACCAACUUGUCCCUCUGCAGCGUCUACUGAUUGCUGAAAGCACUAAGUUUUUAGGAGUACCAUCUACGGAAAGUGAUGUGGAUGCACUUCUUGCUCGGGAUGUUGUUCGUGCUUCUGCGAAUAGUGAGGAACAAUUAAGUGCUUGGAAGGAGCAGUUGCUUAAUACACCGCUUGGAAAACUAGCUAUCGAUACAUUUUCCACUUAUGUUGAACAGCAUGCUGAAGAUUUGAGAAUUAUAAUGAUCCUGUUACCAAAUGAGAAACCUUGUUUAUCCUUGAAGAUGUUAAAAAAUGUGCGGGGUAUCUUGACAAUUGUGUCCAGUACGUGA